GCGGCGGCCUCCUUUAACCGGCCGCUCACACUGUCCUACACGCACACACGUCGUACAUGUGGCGUACGCGCUCCGCACACACGUGGACGGCGACACGUACUGUAGGAGCCGUAGCCGCCGGCGUCUCGUGGUCACGGUUUGGUGGGAUCAACCGUCGUCCGUUGUCUUGCCGUUGAUUAUUGACUACGGCCACAUUUCGCGUUCCGGCGUCCGGUCGUUGAUUUGCCGUCAUUGCCGUGCGGUGCAAAUAAUUUCCCUAUGACAUUAUUAUGAUGAUUAUUAUUAAUAUAAGCACGCAAAAAACGUCCCGGAUUAACACGAGUUAUCGAUUGGCCGCGAGGGAGAGUUUUUGUUUUCUCCAGUUGGCGGCGCGCGCGCUUCCGGCUUAGGACGACGGCGACAACAUUCUUUUUUAUCAACCCGUUUUUCCCGUGGCCACCCGCCCGACGACAACGAGUCGCGGCCACCGUCGACGGAUCGCACCGGAACCGUUCCUCGCGUCACGGUCGUCGAGUGUCAUCCGGCCACCGCAGUAACCAGACUACCGUCGCGUCGGCUCAGCUGAUCUCGACGGACACGGCGACCCGCGCUCCACGUUGAUCACCGAUCUCAUACCGCAAUCAUGGCAUUACUGCAUUUCCUAUUAUGAUCAAGAUAUCAAGAGAACGUUCGAAAUUUAAUACAAUUAUGAUGAAGCCUAAGUCCAAACACACAAUCAGACAUAUUCUGGACAUGCCAUCAAGGUUGCCGCCGUCCAAACGUCCAGCUGCCAAACCACCAGAUGUAUCAUGGGCGAAGCAAAGAAAGCUGGUACUUCCUCCAGUUAACAAACAGAAAUAUUUAGAACCGUCGCCUUGGUUACAGACUAAUUCUCCAUUCAAGGCGUCCCAGCAAAAACUCGCCACUGACACUGCCGGUCCAGAAGACCUGUCAGUUCGGCGAGUGAAAUCUGUUCAGACAAUGAGCAAGGAAGAAAAACUCACAACCAACGUCGCAGGGUAUGCGGCUCAUCAGGCCGAUGGACAAAAUAUGUCCGCCCAGCCGUCUAAACGAAAAUCCACGAGCGACGGCCAAAUAACCGCGGCCAAAUCACAGUCGGCGGCGGACGAGACUUUUUCGCACAAGAAGAGGCGUCGCGCGCUUAAGCAAAUGCAAGAGAUGCAGGCGGAUAAAGAAAAGGCGUCGACCGGCGAACAGGAAAUCGGAAAUGGCGGCGCUGCCCAGAAAACCAUGGUAUUGCCAAAGAAGAGGCCGAUCGCAAACCAGACGACAGGCGGUGGAAACGGAAACACAGCAGCCACCACCGUAGGAUUGGCGCCGAAGAAGCCGACCAAGGCCGCCGGCGAUGAAGCCGUGGACGACGAAACGCUCAUCCGAGAAACGGAGGCGGCUCUGAAAAGUCUGUCCGGCGGCUGGCCGGGACCGCGACAUUCGUCGUUCUACAGGAACGGACACGACGACGAUCGGUACGAGUCACCGGCGUUCGUCAAUCUGUUUGACGAGAAAAAGAACAUUCAUCCGGCCGGAGCGACGGCCAAAGUAGACGAGAACAAGAACACUUGCGACGCGUCCGCUGAGGUAAAGCCGGAGUCGCCGCCGCGCCGAGAAAACGCGCAGGACGCCACGGCCAAGAUCGACAAGGACGGAGACGCCGCGCUACAUUCCAGACAAAAGCCGGACAAGUACGUGCCGUCCAAAUACGAACCGGACUUUAACGAACUGGUUGACGACUCGUCGAACGAACUAGAGAUCGACAUGUCCGCCACCGGAACAGGCGACAAAGACGAAGAGGACACGGCCGGCGAUCGGCUACGGCGGAAAUUAGACGUGGACAGACGCAACAACAACAACAACAACAGUCAUAUACGAGCCGACGAAAUGACGCUUAAGUCGGAAUCUGGAGCUGACAACGUGUACGACGUGUAUCUGAUGGACAAGACGGCAUUUUCCGCGUUCCGGCCCGUCACCGGUGUCGAGGCUAAAGAUACUGCGCGAUUGGACCUACCAACUGCGGUCGGCGUGGCCAUGUCUCCGCUGGGCCCGUACCCACCGGCCGGGGCCACUUUCGUAGUCGGUUACACCGGUCCAUCGACGACAAACGUAUCCGGUCACGCGUCACCGACAAAACAUUCGUCCGGUGACGGCGCAAUGGCGGCCCCCGUCAAACCGGUCAGCGUGAAGCUCGAGGACGACACCGCGACGGACAAGCCGGAUAUGUCCGGUGUCGUAAGCAAAAUGGAUUCUCCAAGCCCGUUGUCCAAACAGUAUACGAUACUCCAGCCGGCGGGGGCCGAUUCUAGGGCGGCGACGGCUCUGCAAGACGUGGCGCGUGAAGGCGUACUGGGCGCGUCAGUGGUGAGCGCUGCGGGCAGCCUGUCACCGCGAACAACCGCCGGAACGCCUAAACUCAACCAAGUGGACGGUAUCAUGUCGGGCUGCAUGAACAGUAAAGACGGAAAUAAAUGUCCUACUCCAGGUUGCGUGGGCCAAGGUCACAUUACUGGAUUGUACUCGCAUCACAGAAGCUUGUCGGGAUGUCCCCGCAAGGAUAAAGUAACGACGGAGAUUCUGGCCAUGCACGAAACAAUAUUGAAGUGUCCCACUCCCGGAUGUAACGGUCGGGGACAUGUCAGCUCCAAUCGAAAUUCACACAGGAGCCUGUCCGGCUGUCCAAUCGCGGCGGCUAACAAACAGGCACAACGGGAACGACAGAAAAAACUAUCACAACAGUACAUCGCUGCGCUAACAGUCUGCAACGACGGUCUGGAACAGUACAAGCACUUGAACAACAUCAAGGAAACGUACCAAAUGUACGGAGACCACUGCGGCUCGGCAAGCGGUUCACCCACGUCCGAAUACCUGGCCACGUCGUAUUACGGGUCACCGGCUGUCAACACUAAAGCCGCCAUGAAGCCAAAGAUAUUAUUGCACAAAGAAGACGAAGAGGAUGAGAAACCAGACACGAAGCAGCUGCACUUGAAAUCCGAAAUGGGAUGUUGCGACAAUACGGCGGUGGCCACUCCGACCCAAGAGGACGGAAUGGCCAUCAAGACGGAAAUGCAUUCGACGGGAUCGUGCCGUUCGGUAACGCCUCCGUGUAGUCGCCGCACGCCCAUGGCCAUGUCUUACGACCACUGUCACGACUCCAAUUCGUCGUCCAUGUCAGGCAGUAUGGACGUCAUGAACCAUCACCAACAGCAAAUUCAACAACACGGCGGUGGUAUGACGACGCCGUCGCCGCUCCAAUCUCAGCAACAACAUAAUUCAACAUCGUCGACAUCAUACAUGAUGAUGGACGUCAACAGUUCCCGUCUGCAACACAGACCGUACGAGACUCAACAGAUUAACGGUAGUGGAGCCGGUAACGCCGGCGGCCAACAACAAGACGCCAUGUACAACAGAACGGAUCGCAGUUACACACUAACCAACAUCAACAGGCCUUCGCCAUCGUAUUCUUCCGAUAUGACAACGCGAUCGUACGACGCGAGACCUCCAUCGUACCCCAACUCUUUAAACGGCGCCACCGUUGCCGUGACGGCCGCCACGUACGCCGACCGGUACGACUCGGACCAACAGUGCCAACGUUAUCCGUCCGAGUACGGAGACGCCACUACCAUGUAUCAACCGCACCAAAUGAUCAUGAAACCAGAACAACCAGUACAAAUGGAUGACUCCAUCGAACCACCGCUAUACCCGAGGCCUUUAUAUCAGUACGAUGCCACCAAUACGACUACGUCUACAGCACCGGCCGUUCAAUCAGGGUUUCCUACGGCGGCAGCGAUCAAUUUGUCGGUAAAAUGCAUCGCUGCUGCGAGUUCCGGGAUGAAGCCACUUCCGCUACCGCUUCCACUCCCUCUAACCCGUUCUCCGAGUGCCGUUUCAGUGAUGGACCUGUCCACGUCCAGCGUAACGUCGACGAGCCCACAGAACGCCACAUAUUCAAACAGCCUGAGCCCACACCAUUAUGCGGGAACCGCCGGACACCGCACUAGUCCAAACACUUCGACUUCCAGUCCACAAGUCGCGCAAGCACCCAGCCCUCAAGGUCAAACUUUAGAUCUCAGCGUUAGCCGGGCACCUGGAAGGCUAGUGUUUUCUGGAGGAGUACCUAACGGGUACAGCAGAGAGUCGACGCCCGAAAGUGGAGGUUCUCACUACAUGGACCAUUAUAGGGACGUUAACGGUAAUGAUCGUUGUUAUUAUUCUCCGUCUGCAGAGGCCGGCCGGAAUUCUAAUGGUAGGCUCACCGUAGGUUAUACGUCCUUGAGUCCUCAUCCCGGAUAUCCAAUGCCGGAGUACGCCAACGGAUACUCAACACCGUACAGCACAUCAGCAUACACUUGUGGCUAUUCGGCUGGUGCUUACCAGCAGGGUGCACCACCCAACGGGUUCUCGCAAAACCCGUGUUACAGUAUGCCGCCACCUCAACAAGACAAGCUCUCCGUUUCGUCCAAAGAUGACAGCAUUUCUGUUUGUGCCAGAAGCGAUCGAUCUUCAUCGCAACCAGGAAUAUCAUCAACGCACUCACAGGAAUUAAAAUGCCCAACACCAGGUUGUGAUGGUUCUGGUCAUGUAACUGGCAAUUACUCUUCACAUCGAUCGCUAUCUGGUUGCCCUCGUGCUAAUAAGCCAAAGAGUAAACCGAGAGACGGUCAAGACUCUGAACCACUUAGAUGUCCCAUACCCGGUUGUGAUGGAUCCGGCCAUGCUACAGGAAAAUUCUUAUCUCACAGAAGUGCUUCUGGUUGCCCAAUUGCAAAUCGUAAUAAAAUGCGUGUACUUGAAAGCGGAGGAACUGUAGAACAACACAAAGCUAAUAUAGCAAAACUUCAACAACAGCACCAUCAACAACAGUCAGAACAAACUACAUGCGAGCCAUCACAUCACAAUACUAGUCCAUUCCUCCACCGAGGUCCACCUACUCUGAGCGUAUGUCAUCCGUCUACUCCGAAUUUGGUAUCCAACAAGAAACCCCUUUCAACAAAUGCGGCUGAUUCAUUGUACCAUCAUAUGUAUGGAUCAAAACAGUUACAUAAUGAUUGUAAUAUGGGGAACGGUGGUGAAGAUCUGUUUUCUUUGGACGCUGAAAUAACAGAGUUGCAACGAGAAAAUGCACGCGUCGAGUCUCAAAUGUUGAGAUUGAAGACAGACAUCAAUGCUAUGGAGGCUCACCUUCGACACGGGGAUAAGGAAACACCAAUCUUAUCUCAACGACAAAGUUCCCAUUUGAAUGGGUACUAUGAAAAUCUGAGAAGCAAUAUGAUGUCUUUUUUGGAACAAGUGCGUCAUCCCGACAUGCAGUCUGACUCAGAAAAAACCCAGGAACAGUUUGACAGUUGUUUGAAGUUACAGAAUUUGUGCCAUAAUCCAAACUCAGACUAUACAACUUAUAAUAAUUUGACCCCAACUAAAAACCAAGAAAACCGUCCUGUGUAUGAAACUGUAAAAACAGCAAUGCAGGACUAUAAUGUUCUACCGCCUACAGCCAUAUGAAAUCCAUCGAAUCAAAUCAUACUUGAUACUUGAUCAUAAAAUAAUAUAGCUAAUAUUAUUGUUAAAUUUUCUGAACAUAUUAUAUUUUAAAAUUGUAAAUCGGUAGUUUAUACCAACGUUUUAAUUUUACAUUUGGAAUUCAGUGACCAAACAUGAGUAGACUUUUAUACUUAUUUAAAGAAGUAUAUUUAAAUAUUAUUCUAUCAAAAAUACUGUUUA